AUGGAUUCUGAAACAAGCUUUUCCCAAGCAACUCUUCCAAUUUUCAAUAGGGAAAACUAUGAUCUUUGGGCUGUUAAAAUGGAGGCUUACCUAGAAGCUUUGGAUCUUUGGGAAGCCAUAGAAGAAGAUUAUGAAAUCCUUCCGCUGCCUGACAAUCCCACUGUGGCCCAGAUCAAAAAUCAUAAGGAGAAGAAAACCCAAAAAGCAAAAGCAAAGUCAUGUCUUUAUGCUGGCAUUUCUGCAACCAUCUUUAGUAGGAUCAUGAGUCUCAAAUCAGCAAAAGCAAUUUGGGAUUAUCUGAAGAGAGAAUAUACUGGAGAUGAAAAAAUUCGAAGCAUGCAAGUGCUUAACUUGAUGAGAGAAUUUGAACUUCAAAGGAUGAAAGAGUCUGACACAAUCAAGGAGUAUUCAGACAAAUUGUUGGGUAUUGCCAAAAAGAUAAAAUUAUUGGAAAGUAAUUUUACAGAUUCAAGAAUUGUUGAGAAAAUUUUGGUGACCGUACCAGAAAGGUAUGAAGCAUAUAUUGCUUCUUUGGAAAAUACAAAGGAUAUUUCUAAAAUCACUCUUGUUGAAGUGAUACAUGCCUUCCAGGCCCAAGAACAACGAAGAUUGAUGAGGGAAGAUUAUGCUACUGAAGGUGCUCUUCUAGCCAAGAGCUAA